ACUAGUGUUGAGGGAGUUGUGUGAAUGUGAUGCUACAACCUCCUUAUAAAGGGACUCGAACGUUGUGUCUCGAAAAUUAGAGAACAUUUCCUAAAAUUGGGGUCUCCACACAAUCCCAGAAAGCUGUUGUCAUGAUUUCGUUGAAUGUGGAGAACAUGCUUAAAGCCGCUGAGCUGCCGUUCUUCUGGGUCGGUGCGUUCGCCGUGGCCUCACUAUCUUUGUGGGUGCUCUACCGACUGCUUUCAGGUUUUCGGAUUUGGGUCUUGGGAAACGGACAGUUGCUCUCCCCGAAGCUGGGCAAAUGGGCAGUUGUGACGGGAGCUACGGAUGGAAUUGGGAAAUCCUACGCCGAGGAGCUUGCACGGCGGGGCUUUGCCAUGAUGCUCAUCAGUCGCUCUCAGGAUAAGCUGGAUGACGUGGCCAGGUCACUUGAGGAACAAUACAAGGUGCAGACCAAGACAAUUGCUGUGGAUUUUGGGCAAAGUGACAUCUACCCCAAGAUUGAAGCUGGACUGGCUGGGCUGGAGAUUGGAGUGUUGGUUAAUAAUGUUGGAAUCUCCUACCCCUAUCCUGAGUACUUCUUGCACAUUCCUGAUCUAGACAACUUCAUCACAAACAUGAUCAAUGUCAACAUCACCUCUGUGUGCCAGAUGACCCGCCUGGUGCUGCCUAGGAUGGCUGAGAGGUCAAAAGGUGCGGUCCUGAACAUCUCGUCUGCCAGUGGCAUGUACCCUGUCCCUCUGCUGACUGUGUAUUCCUCCUCCAAGGCAUUUGUGGACUUCUUCUCUCGUGGUCUGCAGGAGGAGUACAGGAGACAGGGACUUAUCAUCCAGAGCGUGCUGCCAUUCUUUGUGGCCACCAAGAUGACCCGCAUUAGAAAGCCCACUCUGGACAAGCCAACUCCUGAGCGUUAUGUGGCGGCCGAGCUCAUGACAGUGGGGCUGCAGAGCCAGACCAACGGCUACUUCCCUCAUGCCGUCAUGGGUUGGCUGACCACUGUCCUGGUGCCCAUCCAUCUGGUCAUUUUCUUUGGAGCCAGGAUGAACCGUCUGCAGCGUACUGGCUACCUUAGGAGGAGAAAGCUGAGGGAGCAGAACAACGGAGGUCUAAAGAGCGAAUAGGGACCUAGAACACUAGAGGAGGACGUUUCCACAACUAUGACAUGAUGUUGUCUAUUUCUACCAAGUGUAUGUGUUUGAAAAAGGAGUGUGUGAGUGUUUAGUUCUCUUAAUAUUAUGAAUGAGUUAAUUGUUGGGGCCUCUAAAUAUGGCUUCUUAAUGUCUGUGUGUUUGAGAGAACCAUUGACCCUGCGAUGUAACGCAGCACGUCUUUAAAUGUAGUGGUUCCAGAAAUGGCUUUAGCCAAAAUGGCCGUGCCUUAAGGGAUUUAAUACAAAUGUAAUUUUUCUAUAUGACGCAAUUGAGGUGAGAAUUCUUUAAAUCAGGGUGAAUUGUGUUGACCCUGCUGUUGUAAGCAGAGGCAAUCGGUGGUGGGUAUCUUUAAAAACUUAAACUAUUUAUUUAAUCUUUGUUUAUGGAUGCCCUACCUGCUGCAGUUUACACACAAGUGCUAAAUUAUCGAAGAAAAAGGGCUACUCUGUCUCUAUAGUUUAUCAACAUUAUUGUUCAGUCAUCUUUGAUCAUUAGUGUUGGCAUUUUGUGCAUAUUUGUGAAUUUUUAUAUUUGGGAAGGGGGAAAAGAAGCAAUGUGGUGGUAUCUGUCAAACCAAGUUUUAUUAGGUUUCUUUGUGCACCGUAACGUAAAUGACUAAUUAUUCAUUCAUCAUUUACGGAUUAUUCCAUUUACAAUGUUCAUUAACAACCAUGUUGGUAUUGGUCAUGUUUAAUGACAGUGACUCUGACAGAGGGAUUUAUGGAGUUAUGAAUAUCCCAAAAACAUGGUCUCACACACACAUUGUUGCCUUUGUGAUUACUACCAAAUAAUGUAUGACUGUAUUGGUAAGUUUACUGUGCUUGCAUUAGUGUAUUUAUGAUUUGUUUUGACCAAUGAUCAACCAUGUUGCCUCAAAUGACGAGUUAUCAGGUGUGGAACUGUACCUAUUUUUGUAUCAUGAAUUUUUAGGAUGGAAUACAGUGUGCUUCAUGGACCUGGUUGCUACCUGUAGGAUGUUUCUACAAUAAAAAUGCUUGACAAGUAA